CACAAUUUUCAAAUUCUCGGCUUCGCAACGCGUUCAGCUCGCGCCGUCAACCCCAUCAAUACGUAUAUGUAUAUAACUCAAUAAAACCGAAUGAGCAAAAAACAAAAAAGCAAAUAAAAAUUAUUAAAGCAACAAAAUCCAAGCAGCCGUUGUGGUAGCCAGUUCAGUUAGUUAGUCGAAUGUCGAUUGGUAUGAUAAUUUACGCUUGCUCGCCUCUUCGAAUGCCAUGAUAUUUACGUUUGUUGUUUGUUGCUAUUUGUGUUGAGCUUGUGUUUUACAAACAUUAACAACAAAAAUUGCCAUAUAAAUUGUUCAAAAAGUGCAAAUAAAUAAUCAAAUGCAAAGCGGGCGUGUACGAUUUAAUUAAACUGGCACAAAUUCAAUCGCAUUAAUUUGCACACCUCGUUCAUGCCUUACAUAUGUAUGCAAGUGUGUGAGUGUGUCUGUGCGGAAUAAUAUUUGCAUGCAUUUUGUGUUUGAGAAUUCUUGGCAGUUUCCAAAAAUCAAUAAAUUCUGCGUUCGAUUGAGGCAGGCACUUGUCUGAGCUGCAUUUUUGUAGCGCUACAACAACAGUGAUUGGCGGAAAAACCUGCGCGCACUUUACAAUACGAGUUUGUGCCUUAAAUCUUCUGUGCGCGCUGCCGCGAGCCUGUCGCUGCGCGGUGUGUGCGAGUGUUUGCCGUUUGUUUUCCAUUUGUUUUUCUUUUGCAAACGUGACAUUUCACGCGCGUCCUCAUAAUAAAAGUUCAAAUGCCACGCAGAUAAGCGACAAAAGCUAGAACUUCUCUGUUGUAAAAGCAAAUGCAAAUCAUAAUAAAUGAAAAAGUGCAUGAAAAUAAAGAAUACAAAUACAACAAAAAUUAUUGUGAGUGACAAGAAAAAUCAACAAACGGCAAUAGUAAACAAAUCAAAGUGUCAUUAAGUGUCAAGCAGUCAUCGCCAUCUGAUAGGCAGCAAAUUAUUUUUACACACUACCGUUAGUGCACAGUAAAAUUACGAAAAGCGUUAUAAUAAUAAAACAACAAUCAGCAUAGCGGCAGUGAUCAGCAAAAUUUAAUUUAAUAACUGUAAAUAAGUGGAAAUUAUUGGCUGUAAAACGGCGUUUUUUUCAUGCAAAAAUUGUUAUUGUAAUUGAAAAGGUUGGCAUAUGUUUGAUUUUGACUUAUUAAAAACGCAAGAACAACAAUAAAAAGCACACAUAUUGCAACAAAAUAUUACAUUAAUCACUUUAAUUCGCUAAGCAGCUAUAAAAAGUUUCAAACGGCACUUUGUAAGGAAAAGAUGAGCCACUUGGUCGUUUAAAGAGAAUAAAAAAAAAUAAAAAUUACAAAAAACAUUUGAAAAUAUUUACCGUUAUAAGAAGUAUAUAAACAAACGUGCAUACAACAAAACACACAUAAGAUAAGAUGUCAGCCGACAACGCAAAGACACAUAAAAUGACUGGUCUACGACUACAUUUUACAAGCAUUUCGCUGGCAUUUGUCAUCCUCACGUUGCUCAUCGCUUACAGUCAAACGACCAGCGCGGCGGACUACGAUGGCGAAGGCGGUGCCAGCGAGCUCGGCUCCGCGGGCGAUGGCGGUGGUGGCGGGGGCCUAAAUAGUGAAAUAGUGAGCGGUAAUGACGAAAUCUAUGAAACCGCUGUGCUGCAACAGGACAUGGAGGAGCAUGCGAAGCGCCAGAAGCUAUUAGAAGAAAUGCAGGAGAUCACUGAGCUGGAAGGGAAUGCCGAUUCGGCUGCAGCACCCACAGCACCCACAGCCGCCACCUCGGCACAGCCCUAUGAUAUGAGCAAUGAGUCUGUGAACACGAUAAGAGCGCAAGCGCGUAUUGAUGACGUGAUGACCGACUCGCAGGAGAUCGAAAUGAUGGACAGCAGUACCUUAAUGAACGGUAGUGCAGCCCGAGCGCCCAUACCAUUGCCACCAACUGUAUUGCCGCACGCAAUGAGCACAAUGAUACCUACCUACGUGCGUCAGGGUAAAGCUGAGCAAUUUCCGCGCACCAUUAGCGGUGGCAGCGUGUCGGUUGAGGAAGCAGACGCCAAUGUCUCCGCUUCCGAUUAUGUGGAAGACGAGGAGCACAUGCACGUGCGCACGCAGAAGGCGCAUAAAAUCGAUCCGAUCGCAAUGAAAUUAUAUCACCACAGCGACGCAGAUGCGGAAGAUAAUAUGCUGAAGGAUCAGCAACCGGCGCCGCCAUCCCAGCACGAGCAGCAGCAGCAGCAUGUGGCGCCACCGCAACCGCGCACGCAGCAGCUACACCCGAACAGCUCGGACGAGGACUACUAUGAAGACCCACAGGAUAGCUUGGAAAAACUGCAAUUGCAUCAGCACCAGCACAAAGGCAGCGUAAGGCCAACAGUGGCGCCCGCCUCGCCACUAACACCGUCGCCGCCCAUCGCAGCACAGCCGAAGUCAGUGUCCGACGUCGAUGUCAAUGUUGCGCGCCAGCAACCAGCUGUGCCACAGGCACGUGGCGCCGCUUGGACUACAAGUGGCCCGCUAAUGGACGCCGCAGCCACACCAACAACAGUGGCAAUACCGGUAUUCGGCGAGAAUGCAAUCGAUGCCAUCACACCGAACAUUGCCGCAACCACCAGCUCAGCGAUGGCAACAGGUUUCGAUACAGAAUCGGCAGCAGCAGCAGCAGCUGCUCUUUCCACGACAAUGCAAACACCAACAACAGCAACCACAACAACAACAACGACAAUAACAACAAUGCGCCCAGCAGGUAAGCAGGGCAAACAAAUAAAUAUAUCGCGCGGCCGUAAACUGCUGCCACACGAACAAUUACGCAACUACAUCGAAGAUGCGUACAUUCGAAUGCCGCUGGCCGUCAUCGUCGACCCGUCGGCAGAUGCGCUGGAGAAGACGAAGGCGCUGUGGCGUGAGGCGCUACGCACCAAUCUAAAUAUAAAAAUUGUGCUCGUCUCGCUGAAUGCCUCAGGUAUACCGGCCGCCUAUAGCUUCAAUAAUACGCGCCAAUUUCUGGCCGGCUUGAACAGCAUCAAGGUGAAAGAUGGUGGCAAUUCGUUUGUCGGCAUUGUGCAUGCCUCGGAAUUGGUGCCAUACGACAGCGCCGUCUUCAUAUCAACCGCAGCGAUACCGCCGCACACCGAGCUGGUGCAAGAUGCCGCCAUAACGCUGCUGAAAAAGCGCAUUAGGCUCUACCUCAUCUGGUAUGGUGAACGUUCGGCCAGUGAAAACGAGACACAGGAGGCUGUGGGCGGCAUACUCGGCGAGGUGGCCAUACGUUCGGGUGGCGAAGUACUGCAUCUGGUGGGUAGCGAAAACUCGCAGGAGCUGGAGGGCAGCACGCUAACACUUGUCGCCGACGCCUAUGUGGGCACACAGGAAGUGGAUAUACCAGUCGAUACGACCCUUUCGAGUCUACACGUCAAAAUCGAUGCACCCAUGCGGACGGCUACGCUGGAGACGCCCAACGGUGAUAUUAACUUAAGAAAGCUUGUGAAGUUCAAGUCACUUGUUCUUACACUUGGAGCAGAUGACAGUCGAUUAGAUGCUUACGUUCCCUUGAAUAAACUACGCAAGGCCACUGUUUACAAAUUGAAAGUGGUACCGGAAUCCUUAAACGAUGAGUACAGUGUAUUCGUUCGCGCCGAACGUAAAUCAGAUAUGUUUUUGGAUGAUCUCAUUAAACGCUUCGAUGCGUAUUUGCUGAGGGAUCGAAAUACUUAUCCUGUAAGUUCAUAUGGAUCGCGCUUGUUUAGUUUAUCGGAAACGUCCCCUGGGAAAACUCAAAGAACACACAGUGAUUUACGUUUUGGUAGCAAUGCUGAACUACAAACAGCAUCAGCUGAAACAGCAAUAAUAGGUAAUUCGGAUGUAACAUUUCCAAAGGAUGAAGUGGAGACAUUCUCUGACAACGAAAUACAAAGCAGUCGACCAAUCAUACCAACAAACAAUACUGGAAUGCCUACAUCAGUCGUUAAUGUAGAUUAUAAAUAUAACGGUGUGCCCCGUGGAACAACAGCCACUUUAUUGCAACGCGACACAACUAAAAUCGAAAUGGGCCUGCAAUCACAACUACUUCUGGCUCCAGGCAUGAUGGGAACGCUGGAAUUUGAGGUGACUAAUACCCGCACCGAAGCAGUAUAUCACAACAUACAGGUGAUUGACGAAAGACGUUUUCUCUUACGUCUAAAUCCGCAAAGCCUAUUUUUGCGUGCUGGUGAAAUGACCAAAGUUGUAGUAACCGUUUUAAUACCGAAUGGCACCCCUCAAGGAACCACGGAUAAAAUUACAUUCACCUGUCAUGGUGGCGGUACGGCUACUCUAUCUCUCAACUUGAAAGUGGUCAGCUCAACUACAGUUGACUUGCAGGAUACGACAGCACCAUCUAUUUCGUGGACUUUUGGCAGUCGCUGUGAUAACGUUAAUGCACAGUCAACUGAUUGCGCGGAACGCUUCUGGACACUAGACAUAACCGCCCAAGAUUGGCAGUCAGGCAUAUUACGUUUGCAGACGGUGCCUUCUAGUGGACUACUGUACCGGAAUAGCUACACUGUUGCCUCUACAGAACCCUUGAAAGCUACGUAUAUAGCAACGUGUUGCGAACCAAAAGUGGCACUUACAGCAUUCGAUGUCACGGGCAAUCAACGCUCAUACAACGUAGAUGUACGCGAUCUUGUGCUCACUGAAGCGUCUAUAGCUGCAAUAGUGUUAGGCGCAUUGCUGCUGCUUCUUUUAAUAAUUCUCUUAAUUUGGGCAAUUGUUUGGUGUUGUCGGAGACGUCAAGUUUCAUUGGAUCUUCCCACGUACCGCUCUCACUCCACACGUAGUAUGGAGUAAAAUGAGAUAGUCGGGGAAGUUAAUUUAAAAUGUACAUACAUAUGUUUAUAUCCACUUUUAAUCGAAAUAAAGAACCAACCUUAGA